UCUGUGAUCCCAAAUCAAACAAGAUACAGGAGGAGAGGUUUUAUAAGAGGAGGCCAGAGAAAAGCCAGGGGAUCUGGCUAUUCAGCUGGAGCGAUGGAGAGAACAUAGGCACAACCCAACACUGAUCCUGUCUUGUGUAAUUUACUUUGAAAGUCAACUGUGAAACACAAAUCCUGUGGGAAGCAAACCACCCUAGUGCUGUGGUCAAAGGAAAUGGUCAUUUCUUAUGAGGAAAGUGAACACUUACAGGCCUUGCUAUUCCCACUGCAAGCUCAAUGACAUGUCCAGAGCCUGGAGACAAUGGUGCCAGCAAGUAUUCCUCUAAGCAGGCAGAUGACUCCUUCCUCGGCGCUCCAAACAAGCAUUUCCAUGAGAAAGUGCGGAGAGUGCUUACACUACGGGGCUGCUGUCAUGUGUAGGAAGCAUGAGGGAGAUUUUGAAAGCAGAGGAGUCAUGAGGAAGAUGACAAGAAUGAAGCAAAGGCUAUAAAGGGAAGGUGGGCAGUUGCCAGAGAAUAGGAAAACAAAUGCCUGAGAAGGAAUGUGGGAUGAGGAAAGGAAGGAGAGAAGGUUUAGAGUAACUAAUAGAUGGUACAAAAUGGCAAAAAAUAUGCUUAUAUGAAAAGGGGCAGACUAGGACAACAAGUCUUGAGGUUCAUAUCUGCAUUACCGGGGAGAUCACUGAGAGCAUGAGAAAGUGGAAAUAAUGAGACCAGUAUCUCACAUAGCAUUUCAUGACCAGCCCUCCAUACUCUUUGCACUUAAGAUUCUCCUGUAUCACUUUCCAGCAGCUGUGGCCACAUCCUUACUGUAGCAUGGUGAUAGAUGCUGCAAGAGAUAAGCAGAUAAGUAUCAGGUGACAGUGAAGAGUCUGUGUAUGCUGCAAUCCCAGUAUGGUGUCCUGUCUUGGUUUGAUUCCUGAAGACCAUGACAGACAGGUCUCAUCAAGCUAAUUUCCAUGAAAUGUGAGGUACCUCCUACAAAUAUUCAAGACUCCAACUUGCUUGGAAGGUCUGGCUGGGUUUUUUCUUUUACCGUAAGUGGAGUCAGUCUGAAAUUAACACUCUGAAAUGACCACGAAAAUUAAUAUAGAAGAAUAGGCAAGCAAUGGAGCAAGGAUACACUGUGCUCCAGUUUCUACCGAAGCCUCUACUUCUGUGGUCUGAUAUACCAGGCCUUCAAACACACACGGCCCAGUAAACCCAGCCACCCCUUUCCUCUUCCUGGUCAAAGGCAGAGACCCUCUAUUCCUGGUUAGAGUAUUCACUGUCUGACCCUCGCAGUGCCAGACCAGAAGUCCCUUCAUCGGAAUCAGGGUGAUUUCAGUCCUUCUGCAUCAGAGGGAUCACUGAUUGCCUUCUUCCAUCUCAACAGCAACUAAGCUGUUGUGGGGCUUCUUUGGGGAUCCCUUCUUGCCACCUGCCUUCUGCUUCGGUUCGCAUACACUAGCUUCUGGUUUAAAAGUGGGCUCGACGUCCCACUUCCUCAUGUCCUCCCCCAGCGCACACAGGAAGAACCAGAAAGUGACAUGUGGCAUGCACCUGAGGCUCACUUUCCUGCUGACCAGGGCUAGAGGGACUGUCUCCAUGAAGUGGUCCAUGGGAAUGAGGAGGGUGAGAGGUUUUCCUCAAAAUUUCAAAGCCAUGAAGAUGCUCCCUCCGCAGUUGAUGUAUCCGAACCUGGAUACAUCAUUAAACAAGUUUAAUAAUGUCCACUGUAAUAUUAAAAAAUUUCUGGACCCAAAACCAAUAAUAACAGAGAAAGUGUGGAAAAAAGUUCCUUAUUUAAUAGUGGGAUACAGUAAACUACACCUAACAAUUGGCAUUCUUAAAUAUAUUCAGUUUUCCAUGAAAAGAGGUGAAAAGUGGGUGAUGACAUAUAAAAAUGAAAAAUUCCUUCAUUAUGAUAAAUGCAGCUAUUUGGGAUAUUCAAGAAUAUGGAAAAGCAGCUGAAUCCAGGAUUAUCCAGUGCUAAAAUGCCAAAUGGCCUUUGGAAAGGCUGACAAAAAUUCUAGCUUCUAAGGUACUUUUCUGAAUGGAAAGCUGUUCUUAGCUGAUCUGAGGUCAGAAAAGAAGAAAAGGUGACAGAAAAUAACACUGAAAUUAAUAAUAACAUAUACAAAAUCAACAGUAUGCCUAUAAUCAGCUUUGAUCUUUGUCUCCAGGAAAAAAGAAAAAAAAAAAAAGUGAUUCAGGGCAUUGUUGUAAACAUUAUUUUAAGAGUUAGUAAGGUGUAACUACAUGAAAUCUUGAAAUCAGCCUCAAAAGACUUUGAAUCAAAACUGUAGAUUUGCCAUAGUCAAAAAUGCUAAGCAGGUCAGCAUUUAAUUCCUGCCUGAACCUGGCAAAGAUUGAGACCUUUCUCUUCCUGCUUUGCUUAGACAGUUCAGAACUCACAGAUGUUUUCCAUGCACUCCACACACACAGAUGUUGGCAGGAGCAGGUACAGGCUCUGAACAUGCCUGGUGGUGAUACUGGCUUUAAUGGAGCACUGACAAAGUAGUCAUCCACACCCUGAUACAACCAAAAGCUGAACCACCCACUUCACAAAAGGUGCCUUCAACAAAUGGUUGAAAGCCAGUCUAAAUGGUCACUUUGCAGCAGAAACUGGAGCACUGACUAGGAAAAUCUGCAAUGAUGUUCUCAGGGUCAGAAAGCAUGAAAACCUGCCUUUCUGAUGGUAUGGUUAGGAUAUAUAUGUGGGAAAACUGUAAUCCUAAAUCAUGGUCACUGCAUCAAAUACAGUGAGUGUAUGUAUCAUAAUGAGAGCCUGUGGUUUCUAUCUCAAGCUGUUGUGUUGUAAUAGAUAAUAGUGAGCCUAUUCAGUUCGUUCAAAGAAGAGGUGCCUGACAGACAUUCUGAGGCACCCUCUGCUUGACUUUCCCAUUAAAAAAAAAAAAAAAUCUUUGCAGAAGCCAAAGUACACUUUGGCAUAAUUUUUCGGUUUUAUUUUUUGUUUUGGGGUUUUUUUGCUUUAUAUUGGUUUGGUUUGGUUUUUUAGGGUUUUCUUUGUUUGGUUUUGUUUGUUUGUUUGUUGUUUGUUGUUCUAUUUUUCCUUUUUUUUCCCCUGUUUUUCCUGAAGGAUUCAUUGUCUCUUUCCAGAGAGGAAAAUAUGUUUGAUACUCUUGGACUCAUUUGCAUGAUGUGGUGGUGUAUGAUGCUAUUUUAUCCCUUGCAUGCUGACAUCCAGUAUAUAGAGUCAGAGGCACAAGAAUCACCUAUUACAAAUGUGAAAAUGAAUUGGAGAAAAAUGGAACUGACCUGGGAGAGCAGUAAAAAUUUCUCUAAGUACAAAUGUACCAUCAUGGACAGAGACAUGGAAAGUACACAGACAGAGGUGGAUAGUCCACUAUGCAGGUUUCCAGUGGAACUAUACCUGCCUCUGCACAAAGGGGUAUUCCUUACUAUUGAAGUGCCAAACACAAACAUCUCAAAAACCUGCACCUUUAUCCCUGGAGGCAUGAACGGAUCAGCCAUUGAAAACUUCUCCUGUGUGAUCUAUAACAUUUCCCUCAUGAACUGCACUUGGCAGGCAGGCAAGGAUGCACCAGGAGAUACCCAGUAUUUUCUCUAUUGGCAGAACUCCAUAUAUGAAGAUGCGAUGGAAUGUGAGCUUUACAUUAAGGAUGAAAAUGGCAGAAAUAUGGGAUGUAGAUUCCAAAAUGUGAGGAUAGAGACUGAAAAAGCUUACUUCUUGGUGAAUGGUUCUAGCAAAGACUCUCUGAUCCAGUUCUAUGAUGAGUACAUUGAACUGUAUAAAAUUGAAAUACUCACUCCUCCAUUAAAUGUCACUGUCAAUUGUACUAGAGAUUCAGCAGGUUGCAUAAUUACAUGGCAAGCACCCCUUACAAGUCAUGUGGAAAACAUAAAGUGUUUUCAGUAUGAAAUUAGCAUACAAAAUAAGGAUGAACCCAAAGAAGAGAAAAAGGAUCCUCCUGUAAGAGUAAGGAACAACAGAUAUGAAUUCCAAAAUUACAAUGAGGAAAAAAAGUACAUUCUGAGAAUCAGAGCACGUGGAAAAAAUUGUCUUGUAAGCUCAAACUGGGGGGAAUGGAGUGAACCCCUUGAGUUUGGUCAAGGGAAAGAUUACUUUCCUUUUGUGAUUUUAUUUCUGAUAGCACUUGGAACAAUCUCAGUGACACUGCUCCCAUAUUGUCUUUUCAAAAGGUAUUGCAAUUUCAAGAGCAUAUUUUCUUCCAUACCACAACCAAGAGACAAAUUUAAUGCAUCAACUGAUGAAGAUAUCCAGACAGAAUAUGUAAAUUUACCAAAAAAAUGUUGUAUCGAGGAAGUAACUGUGGUUGAAGAGAUGACCUAACUUUCAAAAAAGAACACACCUGGUUUCCCCAGCUGGAUUCCCCAACAUGAAAGAAAAUCAUGGAUGCUCCUGACAAAAAGGAAUACUUCAAACCAGACUAAAAAAUGAAUAUGAUCACCUGUCCCAUGGAAAUCCACCUAAAAUGGAGCAGAGUAAAAAAUGGAGAUCAUAAAUAAAAAUCAUUUCACUCGUCAAAAAUACAAUGCCUGGCAGCUUUUCUGCUAACACCUACUGUGAAUACUUGCUUUAACCUAGCCAAGAUUGUCCUCACCACACGAGACAAGGCCUCUCUCCCACAACACAGAAAAAACUUGUUAUUUCUGCCUUCACUGCCAUACUUCUUUCCUCUGAACAGAACAAUUUCCUACAAGAUGAUAGAACUGACUGCUUAGGAAUGCCACAUAACUAAUUUUACCAGCUUGUAAUUUUUACUUACCCAGAGUAUUUUCAGAAACUUAACUAUUCAAAAUGUGUUUCAAGUUGUCCUUCAACCUUCCAACCAGCAACAUCAAAGUGUUAGACAGCAUUCAAUUAGUUUUAUGCAAAACAAAAAUGGGAAUUAAAAUUACACUUGUCAAAAGUAACUAUUUAUACUGGGCUGCCAGUCAGCCAUUUCAUGUGCUCAGUAUUUCCUUUGCAACAUUAAUAUGGACUCAACUCCAGUAUGUAAGUCCUCAAAAAAAAAUCCAGUGUAACAGUUGAGAACUGGAAUAAAAUCUGUAAUGUUUUAAUAACUAUUUUAAAUAUAGAGAUUUUCUCACACCAGUGCAUUUUAUUCCUUUCAAAGGGUGCAAGCCCCAUUUCCUAUACCUUAAAACAAAAAAGAGGCUUUAGAAGCCACUAUUUUCUUCUAGAUAGUUUCCUGUUAAAGAUACCAUUCAAAAUAAAUACAUUUCAGUGUUUCAAUAAGGCAGAAAACAAACACUUUUUUUUUUUUUAGAAGUCUCAUUUAUUGUUUGCCUCAUGUUCCCACGCUGCAUAAUCACACGUUGAAAAUUGCUGCUGCAUGACUAAUGCAAGCCAUAUACCCCCCUCCCCAAGAAAAAAAAAAAGGAACACCAAGUACUACAUGCUGAACACACAGCAUAGGUAAAUUGCAGUUCUGCUUAAAAAAAAAAAAAAAAAACCAAAACCAAAAAAAAACCCCAAACUAAAACCAAAACAUCUCCACUUGCAUUGUUUUGUUUUCCUGUUUCUUCUGGUUAAAAACUAGUUCUGGAAGGGAAGGAGGAAGUGGGGUGAAAAAUGUCCUCCCCUUUUCAGAGGCUGCUCAAGUAAUUGUCAGGUUUGGUUCUCCCUCACAAAACUUGGGCCACCACAUGCUUGUAGUGAGGAUGUGUGAUGCAUCCUGUCAUUAUCUCCACCUUUCAAGCCACUGAUACAGAAAAUAAACCUAAGCAAUGUAUUUAGCUACAAAAACUCUUCCCUUGCCCCAAAAAUCAAUAGAAUUACAACUGAAUCAGCAAGUUGAUUGGCAAGGUCAACAUCAAGUGACCCGCCCACACCAAAAGGGAGCUACCAUUACCAAACAGGAUAAACCCCACUUGCAGUAGGUACAUAAGGUUUGCUAUUAGCCUGUGCACAAAGUAGCUGUGUAAUGUACUUACACUCACAGAUGUUAAAGCAGUGCUUGCAAAACAGCGAAAGGAGAAAGGUAAAUUAUGUUUGUGAGGAAGGUAAUAAUCAGGCAAAGCCAGGUAGUUAAUUUAAAUACUUCAUCUUGAAUAGCAACCUCGGAAGGCACACAGAGAACUCAAGACAGCUCAGUCAGCCUUCAAUGACUCAUACAGUAACACAGUUUUUCUUAAGAUAUAAGGAGUUCUUAAAAACCUGAUUGGAAGAUUAACACCUUGUUUUCCUUUACUCGUCCCCCUACCACAUAUCUGCAGAUUACGAAAUACAAAAGAGAGAUUAUAUACAUAUGAAGAACGGCACAUAGGUAUUACAUUAUCUCAAAUAGCAGUAUUGAUAAUAAAUCAGUCCAAUUUUGGUCUUCUGACAAUCUCCAGAGUUAGAUACCAAUCAGUAUUGAAGGCUGACCUACCUUGAUCUAUUAUUACAGUUACACAGAAGCAAACAUAUUCCCCUGCAUACACCCCAUCACCUCUUGGAAUGAGCCUCAUUUCAGAUAAAAUUCACCUUCCAGAGAGGUACUGACCACUGCUACAGAUCAGGCCAAACAGUAUCCUGAAUGGCACAAUCAGCAUCUCCAAAUAGCAGCAACAAUACAAUACACAGGUUACUCAGGAGUGGAAGGCAUUUACUAGGUUCCUGGGUUUUUGCAUGAAUAGCACGUUGCUUUCUAUAUUGAUUAAAAAAAAAAAAAAAAGAAAAAAAGUUUCAGUUUAAGCUGUUUUACCAAGGGCAAGAGUACUAAUUGUUGACUGUCGUUGAGACUUUGGGUUCUCCCAGCACUACAAUGGAAACCCCAUUUUAAAUCAUAAGAGCUGCAAAUAAAUUUUUUAAGAAUCAUGCAAAAAGCCACUUGCAGCAGCCCAUCAUACACUAUCAGGCACAAAGAAUGGGAUUGGUUUCUACUAGUAUAACCCAUGCUUUCCCUCCCCCAAAGUUCUCACAUUCAAUUAUUUUUUUUAAAUAUUCUGUUACAGAGUGCAGUGUAAGUGUGUCAGAGGAACCAUUAUCUGAAACAAGUUUUCAAAGAAAAGAGGCUUUCCCAAAGCUUUUAUGUAAUAAUUUCAACACAGACAGAGUAAGUAUGUUUAUUGUUUUACAGCAAAAUGCCCCAAUUUAAGAACAAAAUUGCUAGAUGUUCAGCUGUGCAAAAUGGUACAUAGUGCUUCAGUACAAGUGGAAAAGAACAUGAUUUGUUAGCAAGAACUUUCAAAUACAAUUUUAUGGUCCUAGAAGAUGGGACUUGAAACUGCGGACUGGUCCACAGGCAAACAAUUUCUUCUGCCUAAAUUGGACCCAGAACCAAUGCCACUCAUUGCUGAAAAAAA